CGUCAUGAAAUUGUAUUUCUUUUUUUCUCAAUUUUCGGUUGAAUAAAGCAAGGCUUCAUAAUUUUACAAUCUACUUGAUGUACACUGAUUAGCUAUUGAGUGAGAAAAGGGCCACCAAAUCCACUUCAUCCCCCCAGUCAUACGUAGUAGUAUUGUAAAGUUCUCCAUCAGCGGCGGAAUUCAAAGAGAACAAGGACAGCAUGAACUCCUCAGUUGAAACUGUUGAGAAUCAAAGUUUGUCUGCAGUUGUGAAGGUGGAGCCUCAACCAAUGGACACAGCUUCAUCAUCAGAUGUUGAUUGGAAGGCGAGGGAGCAGAUAUCAACAAUGUCUGAGGUCGAUUCAAGUCCUCGUGCUAGUCACUCAAAGAGAAAAAUUAAAUGUCCGCGAAAGGUACCACUGCCAAAAGGUGCUGUGACAUCAGAUAUCAAGGUUUGUUCUGAAAAUGCAUCGGAGAUGGGGGGCCAGGAUACUGAUGCGAUUGAACAGGGAAUUGGUGACCAAUCUGUUGAGAACGCUGCCGGAGACCUGGUAGGAAAAGGCAGGGCUGGUACUGGUAGAAGAAGUGUGGCAAAUAAAAGCACCUCAAAUAAGCGAGCUGCUGGUGGGAAGAAGUCAAAGAAACCGACUGGUAAGAGGACAAAAAAGACAAAAGUAUACAAGGAUGUACAAGAGGAGGAACUAUCGGAUGGAUUUGUUGGAAGUCUUGAUUCUGAUGGAAGAUCUCAAGACUCCAAAGUCCAGGACAAGUAUGCUGGAAAAAAUCCUUGCAGCGUUUGUGGGAAAGGAUUCCGAUAUCCAUCAGACUUACGACGGCAUAGUUUGACCCAUUCUGAUCAACGUGCAUUUCAGUGUGACAUCUGUGACUUAAAGUUCAGGUACCGCAGUAAUAAAGUCACGCAUAUGAACAAUAAGCAUAAGACGGAGAUGGUGCACAGAUGCGACAAAUGCGGCAUUAGGUUUCUAACAGAGGUGGACCGAGACUAUCAUAGGUUGACCUACUCGAAGUGCAAAGAUCGGGGCAAUUAUAGGUGCAAGUACUGUUACCAACGAUUCGCUCGGAGAGAGACAUUAGAGGAGCAUGAAUAUUGCCACACUGGCCAAAAACCGUUCCCGUGUACACUUUGUGAGCAAAGGUUUGCCUCGCUGCACGCCCUUAAGACGCACAAGUACACGCAUCCCGAAUUAGGUCCGAAACCUCAUGGUUGUGACUUGUGUGACCAGCGUUUUGACCGUAAGGACCGCCUGAAAAAACAUGUUGCGAUGGUUCAUGCCAAAAAUUCCCCAUUUGUAUGUGAGCAUUGCAAUAAGUUUUUCCGUUGUGAGGACUCAUUAAAGAGUCACAGAAUGACUCACACAAACGGGUUCAGGUAUUUGUGUUCAGUUUGUGGAUAUGGUUGCAACUGGAUUAGUUGUUUUAAGAAUCACAUGGUCAUGCACACAGGUGAGAAAAAACAUGUUUGUCAGGAAUGUUCCCGGUCUUUCAUGUCAUCCAGUGCGUUAAAGAUGCACAUGAUAGACCACACUGGGGACGCCCCUCACCCAUGCUCAAAAUGUCCAGCAAAGUUUAAACGUUUAUUCCAUUUGAAAACUCAUAUGAUUACACAUUCAGAUGCCAGACCUUUCAAAUGCAUCCAUUGCGACAAGGGGUUCAAGCGCCGCGAUAAUUUAGAGGCGCAUAUUUUGACACAUUCAAAUCUUAAACCAUACCACUGUGAGCUUUGUGAAAAGCAGUUUAAUAAUCCGAGUAAUCUUCGGAUGCACAUGUCACGCGUCCAUGGUGCCAAGAAGGAUUUCAAAUACGAGCGCACAAGCAAGAGUAUCAGUAAACUUCUUGGCAUUGGGGAGAUAGUGAAAUCUAUCGAAGCUGAUGUUACGGUGAGGCAAAGAUUGGCCGAGAAUUCAGAGCAAAAUUCUCAAAAUGUUGAUGUUUCUGAACAGUUAGAAUGUCCAGAAAAAGAUCAACCCACAGACCUUGUACUAACAUCAAAUACCGAGGUGAUGGAUGCUGCUGGUAUCGGUGCAGAAAGUUCCAAUGUUUUGGUGGUCGAAUCGACCUAAAGAUGUAUCAGAAACUGUUGUACAUGUGUUGUAAUUUAUCUCAGUUUUGUAUAAAUAAGUCUCUUACUGUCAAGUGUGACAAUUUGCACAUCUCUUCUCCAAUGCAUAUAUUUGUUUGUGUCUACUUGUAUCGUUUUAUAGUUGGUCAA